AUGGUCAAAUGUGAUUCUUGUCAUGGUAAAUACAUGGCUUGUUUUAUGUUGUACCGAGGUGAUGUCUUCCCCAAGGAUGUUAAUGCUGAUAUUGAUCUGAUGUACGCUAAGAGAGAUAUUGUCCAUUGGUAUGUUGGAGAAGGUAUCGAGGAAGGCGAAUUCUCUGUAGCGAGAGAAAAAUUUAGCUGCUUAGAGAAAGAUCAUGAAGACAACAAAGAUUCUUCUCCUCCAACUAAUAAUGUACAUGCAUCGCCUAUUAAACAUGGGUUAAUAUUUGCGACAGUUUUACGCCCAACGUUAUACAAUAUGAUUGUGACAUCGUAA